AUGCCCUAUUGGAUCUAUGGUGUCGAUGUAUGCCCGCAACCCACACAUCUACCGACCGCGACGUUCCAGAUUCCUGUCGUGAAUGGACCCCUGCCAUCUACGCUUCAUCCACCAUCACCUCGGAGGUCAAGUCCACGAGGAUCUCGCCGGACGCCUUUGGAGAAGGCUGCAGAAACUAGUGGAGAGGAUGAAGAAGAUCGCUCUUUGGGCACGAAGCGGGAUAACUUCGAUAAGAAGAGCACUCACUUUAGGUCUCUGACUGCGGAAGGGAGGCGAAUUCUAAAUGUCGCUCAGAUCAACGAGGUUGUGAAACGAGUGCAGGAUGCAGGGAACAAAGACUACACGCGAAAGAACUUGAGCACCUGGCUUCAAGGAAGAAGAAGAAGGGCACUGAACCGCAAAGCCGUUCGGGAUAAAGAGCCAACUGACACCUGCGCUUCGACGUCGAGGUCCUCACACGCUUCUACUAACACUACGAAAUUCCAGUUGCCGUCGCCCAUAGAAACCCCGAAGGACUCCCUGUUAUCCGGGCCAGAUGUUGUGGAACGACAAGCUGUAUCCGAUGUACCCAGCGAUGGUUCUCUCUCCCCCGAUACUAGCGACGUUGCCUACAGGGCUUAUCCAAGAGCAUGGACAGAUGAAACAGACCGCCUCGCCCGUGCUAUCAUUGAGGGUGUUCGAGACAGCAUAUCCAGCAGCUCAUCACCUUUCGAAAAGGCGCCGACUCCGCAAACCAUGGAAGAGUUCAAUCACCUUUGGAAAGAUUUUCAGCCCACAUUAGACAGCCUUCUUGCGAAAGCAACCAGAAUUUCAAUUUUAGCGCCCACUGGCAGGGACGACGCGCUCCGGAUCAAUCAGCAAGGGGGAAUGCCGCUGGCAAACAAGUCAAGUCAAUCGGACGACCCGAUUUUGACCUCGACCAUCCAACUCGUCGGAUCCUGGCAAGAGCAAGCGAACAUCCAUCAGCUUGGUGCGCGGGCAUUCUGA